UUCACGUGACUUCUCUCAGAGUCUGUGCGCCUCUGAAGCAGCAGCAGAGACGCUGAAAGCAAAAGGAAACGCCGCAGUUUGGAGCUCAAGAAAAAAAAAACUGCUGCAAUUUUAAAGCGGACUGUGACAGCCAUCUAGGAUGUUUUCACUCGGGGAAAAAAUGGAGUUUCUCAUUGGAAACCCCUUCUCUACGCCCGUCGGUCAGAGAAUCGAGCAAGCAACCAUUGGCUCUCUACAGUCGGAGGACUGGGGCCUCAACAUGGAGAUUUGUGAUAUCAUCAACGAGACGGAUGAGGGGCCCCGAGAUGCAGUCAAAGCUAUUAAGAAGAGAAUAGUAGGAAACAAGAACUUCAGAGAGAUCAUGUUGGCUCUCACUGUUCUUGAGGCCUGCGUGAAGAACUGCGGCCAUCGCUUCCAUGUUUUGGUGGCCUCGCAGGAGUUUGUUGAAGGGGUUUUGGUUCGGUCCAUUCUGCCCAAAUACAACCCCCCUGCUGUCCUCCAUGACAGGGUUCUUAGCCUCAUACAGUCAUGGGCCGACGCAUUUCGUAGCUCUCCCUCCCUUGUGGGGGUGGUGUACGUAUAUGACGACCUGAGGAGGCGAGGCCUGGAGUUCCCCAUGACAGACCUGGACGCUCUGUCCCCCAUCCACACUCCAAACAGAAGUAUUCCAGAAAACGGGGCUCCAGAAGCGACCCCUGUCACUGCUCCCACAAGCCAGUCGCAACCAGCAGCUCCUUCCAGUGCUCCCAGUCAGAGUAGCUCACCUCCAGUCCAGCCCAGUGAAGGACCAGCAUCACUUUCUGCAGAACAGGAACAGAAGCUGCGCAGUGAGCUGGCAUUGGUGAAGGGAAAUCUGACAGUGAUGUCCGAAAUGCUAAAUGAGCUAAAACCAGGACAGAGUCAGCCGGAUGAUACAGAGCUGCUACAGCAGCUGUUCUCAGUGUGUCAGAAGAUGCAGACUCGAGUGGUGGAGCUGAUUCCUCAGUUGAUAGAUGAAGGAUUUAUUGAAGAGCUGCUUGUGGUCAACGAUGACCUCAACAACGCCUUCAUCCGCUAUGAGAGGUUUGACAGGCUGAACAAGGCACAAAUUCCAAACACCCAGCAGAGCUCUACCUCGAGCCCCAUCGACCUCAGUCCUGAGCCUUCCACUGUCAGACAACCUGCUGUAAUUGCAACAAGCAGCCAAUCAACAAAGAAGAGGAGGAGUUUGACAUGUUUGCCCAAACCAGAGGCAGCUCCCUGGCAGAGCAGAGGAAAAGUGUCAGAUAUGAGGAUCCAGGAGCUGUGGAGGGCCUCGCCGGAGCUCUGGACACAAGGUUGCAGGUCACAGCAGGGAUGCAACCAUCAAAAAACACCCUGCAGAACAAUAUCGACAAAUGGUUGUCUAAUGAUAUGCAGGAGGACCAGUCUUCAGUUUGUGAGGGAGUCUCCAGUGAAGAGUUUGAUAAGUUUCUGGAGGAUCGGGCGAAGACGUCGGACUACAGCAGCCAGACAAUUCGCAGCGUGCCGUCCUCCACACCCAGACCGCCGCCAUCGCAAUCCAGCCGGCAACAGGACACGUCGCACGACCAGCUUUUCUCGCUCUGAAUGUGCGAACGAACGGGAGGAAUCGAGUGGAGGUCAACAUAGUCAUAUCAUCAAAUUAAAAUGUGCCUACAAUCAAACACACACACACACACACACACUCUGUGCCAAGUCAGGUUUUCUCUGACAGCGCACACACAGGAAUUAAAACCUGCAAACAGAACUACUGCCUAAUCAACUCUUUUCAUAAAUGCUGUAUUUGUCUGUAUGUCUGCUGUUUGUUAUCUAGAUGUACAUAUAAGCAACUUUAUGUGACUGUAUUUAAGAUGUAUGAUUAUAAUAUUGAGGUAAACAAAAAAACUUAGAUGUUUACAGUUGGAUAUGAUGCAGAAAAUAUAUUUGCUAUCAUACCAUCAUGUGCCUUUGACCCAGAGAGCUGAUUUUGUGUAGAUGACAAUAAAUGGAGCCUCGUUGCCCAAACAUG